AUGUUCAGUCGCAUUGUCGCAACUGGCGACAAUGUAUGGAUUCCGAACUCUGGCAUUUUACCCUCUGAACUAAUAGACAAACAACAUAAUUCAUUUGAGGAAGAUGACCUACAUGAUGAUGACCCACAUAUAGAAAUAGGUAAUGGAGAAGAAGCUACAUUUGCAACUGCUUCCCAAAGAUCUCAAAGUUCAGCACCAUUCCCAAAAAGGAAGAGAGUUAAAUCAGCUAAGUUAGCGAGGAAGCAACUAUUUGUUAAUCAUAUUGAAAGUUUAGUUAAUGCUGCACAAUCAAUGAGCUCUGCCAUAACAACAUCAACUAGUCAACGUAGAACAGUGACAAUACUUGAUGCGGUCGCAGAGAUAUCUACCAUACCAGAAAUUUAA